AUGGAGCCGCCCGGGCCCUCCCCCUUCUUCCUGUUUAUCGUUUCCGAGGAAACGGCGCAGGCGCACGAGCGACGCCGAUCCGAAGGAUGGAGCCGGACGGGUGAGGGGGGUCACGAGGAGAAGCCCCUUCCGAGGAGUCCCCUGUGGCGGGGGGUUCCGCGGGAGAAGCGCCCUCCCUACGCAGGGCUCCCCGUGGCUGCUCGUGGGGAUGGUGCGGGGCAGAGACCGCCGGCCGGGUCCUCCCGGGGGGGGGGGGAGGGAGGCAGCCCCGGCUCGCCGCGCGGAGACGCCCUCGCCUGGCAGGGGGGGAGUCGGAACGCCGAGCGAGCCCGGGAGCCCUUGACGCGGAGCCACGGCUGCCCGUCCGUCCGUCCGUCCGUCGUCCGUGCGCGCGAUCCUGGCCUCCGGGGUCUCGGCUUCCUCAGGAGCGUCCUCUGCUGCAAGUCUCCCCUCCCGGUCUGCGAUGCCCAGGAGCUGCCUGUCUCUCCCCUUCGCCUCCCGCCCCGGUGGGCUCCCGCCCUCCCGGGGCCACCGCUGGUGCUGAGCGGCGGGGAGGCGGCGGCGGCGGCGCCUGGCCGCGUGGAGGAGGAGCCGCCCGCCGGCGAGGCUGCCGGAGGGCCGGCCUGCCCGGACGCUGAGGCGCUCUGCUGCCCAGGCGAGGGGCUGCCGGACGGGGCUGAGGCCGGGCCGGCGGUGGUGGUGAGGACGCCGGCCUACGCCGUGGAGAUGCCCCCGUGCCACGGCAUCCCGGGGCCCGUCCUGGGGGAGCUGCCGGCCACGGAAGAGGAGGCGUUUCCGCUGUGGCCCCCGGGGCCCGCCCGGGAGCUCCCCGUCCGUGGGAAAUGCCUGCUCUACAACUGGCAGGAGGAGAGAGCCACCAAUGACCUGGAUCGAGUCCCGAGUCCCGAGUGUGGCACGGAGGGGUUCUUCUUUCGCCACGGGCAUCACGGGCUGCUCACCCUCCAGAGUCUAGCUGGGCUGGCCAAGAGCACCACCAUGAAGGACUGCUACCGAAGACCGUGGAGGACAGGCCUCCCUGUGAGAGGGCAGCGUGAGGCCAUGUUGGAAUGGCUCCUGUACCAGAAGCACAGCAAGGAGGUCUUUGAGGAAGCUGUGCACCCCCCGUCCGAGCCCAUGGAGUCCCUGUCCACCACCCACCGGGACUACUGCCGGGAUGGCUCCCUCUCUGGGCCCCCGGUCCCCAGCAAGGCCCACGACUACCGCCUGGAGCAGCCACAGACCUUCUGGCUGGAACAUGCGCGACAGGUGCCGGGUGUCUCAAAUAUCCGGACUGGCGACACCCCCUUCAAGAAGAAUGCUACCUUCACCAGCCCCGUCACCGAGUACCUUGAUCAGCCGCUGCCCUACGGCCCAGAGAACUAUCCCAAGCUCUAACCAAAGGAAGGGGCCCCAGAGGCAGGCCAGGGCGACCUGUGGUCUGGUGGAUGCCUUUGGGCAAGGAACAGACACUGAACUAAAAGCUGCUCGCUUGCAGUGCCGGGGGGUGGGGAGGAUUUGAGUUGUGGGGGGAUCCCACCAUCCCACUGUCACCGUGUCAGUCAGCUAGUUCUGUUGCUCAGUCGCGGCACAAGCCGAAAGCCAGCAGCCCCUUGGCUUCUGCCUCCUUCUCCAGGAGCCAUGAGCCAGUGGCCACCCAGCACCACCAUGGCCAAGGGGGACAACCUGCAGGAGAGUUAGGGCCCUUGAAAGUUGCUCCAUGGCCUCAGGCACAAACUCAACCACUGUUCCAGGUUAAAAAGUCUGUAUUUCAACAAAAUAUUU